CGGGCAGGCUACUGGCUACCGGGCGGUGAUUGAGGGCUGUGUUCCCGCCCCGCGGCGCGGGGCAGUGGGCGGGCUCUGUGUCUGUCACACGGUGACCGGCAGCGGCGUGGCGCGGAGCGGCGAGCGGCGAUGCCCGAAGCCACCCGGUUCAGCGCCAGCAGCGGGGCCGAGUCGGAUCCCGAGUGCCCCAUGGAGAGCGAGUCCGCCCUGGAGAGCAGCCGGCGGCGGCGCAAGAAGGAGAAAAAAGAGAAGAAAUCUAAACGGCAUGACAAGUCUCGGAGGAGAAAGGCUGAGACGGAUGAAAGUGAGCAGUCGGAGGAGGACGUUGUUCCCCCAAAACUCAAGAAAUCCAAGAGUGGAGUAAAACAGAAUGGUCAUGUAAGAGAAGAAAGCCCAGAGAACACAAGAUUAUCUUCCUUAAACAUGAAAUCCACUCACAAAAAACAGCACAGUAAUUCUAGUGAAACGUCAAGUGGUGAUGGUGACAGCGAGCCAGAGCAGGAGAUGACUGAAGAACAGAAAGAGGGUGCUUUGUCCAAUUUUCCUAUUUCCAAAGGGACUGUUCAGCUUCUUCAAGCUCGAGGAGUCACGUACCUGUUUCCCGUGCAAGUGAAGACCUUCGACCCAGUGUAUGCUGGCAAAGAUGUCAUUGCUCAGGCUCGAACUGGAACGGGGAAGACAUUCUCUUUUGCUAUUCCCUUAAUUGAAAAGCUUCAGGGAGACACACAGGAAAGAAGAAGAGGCCGUGCACCAAAGGUACUAGUUCUCUGUCCAACGAGAGAGCUGGCGAACCAGGUUGCCAAAGACUUCAAGGACAUCACUAGAAAGCUGACGGUAGCUUGUUUCUAUGGGGGAACGCCAUAUAACGGACAGAUUGAUCUCAUGAGAAGCGGCAUUGACAUCUUGGUUGGGACACCUGGUCGAAUCAAAGACCAUCUUCAGAACGGCAAGCUGGACCUGAGCAAGGUGAAACAUGUGGUACUUGAUGAAGUUGACCAGAUGCUGGACAUGGGAUUUGCUGAGCAAGUGGAAGACAUUUUACGAGUUGCAUACAAGAAGGAUUCUGAAGACAACCCCCAGACGCUGCUGUUUUCCGCAACUUGCCCGCACUGGGUGUAUGACGUGGCGAAGAAAUACAUGAAGUCCAAAUACGAGCAGGUCGACCUGAUUGGGAAAAAGACUCAAAAGGCUGCCACGACAGUGGAACAUUUGGCAAUAGAGUGUCACUGGUCUCAGAGAGCCGCAGUGAUCGGAGACGUCAUUCAGGUCUACAGUGGCAGCUACGGGAGGACCAUCGUCUUUUGUGAGACCAAAAAGGAGGCAAAUGAACUGGCUCUGAAUGCUUCAAUCAAGCAGGAUUGCCAGUCAUUGCACGGUGACAUUCCUCAGAAGCAGAGAGAAAUCACACUGAAAGGUUUCAGAAACGGUGCAUUCAAAGUUCUGGUGGCAACCAACGUGGCUGCCCGUGGUUUAGACAUCCCUGAGGUUGACCUGGUUGUACAGAGUUCACCACCAAAGGAUGUGGAGUCCUAUAUCCAUCGUUCUGGACGCACAGGUCGAGCUGGACGGACUGGGAUCUGCAUCUGUUUCUACCAGCGAAAGGAGGAACAUCAGUUAAGAUAUGUGGAACAGAAAGCGGGCAUUACGUUCAAGCGUGUUGGCGUUCCUACCGCAACAGAUAUCAUAAAGGCUUCCAGCAAGGACGCCAUCAGGUGUCUGGAUUCUGUUCCUGAAACUGCUAUUGAGUAUUUCAAGGAAUCUGCCCGGUUACUAGUACAGGAGAAGGGGCCAGUGAAUGCUCUGGCUGCAGCUCUGGCCCACAUUUCAGGUGCCACCUCCAUUGAGCAGCGCUCCCUGCUGAACUCAGACGCGGGGUUUGUUACAAUGAUACUGCACUGCUCUGAAGAAAUAAACAAUAUGAGCUACGCCUGGCGAAGGCUGCGAGAACUGUUGGGCGACGAUGUCGACAGGAAGGUGAACAGAAUGUGUUUCCUCAAGGGAAAAAUGGGAGUGUGUUUCGAUGUCCCUGCGGCAGACCGGAAGGACAUAGAGGCGAGAUGGGAAGAUUCGAAACAGUGGCGUUUGUGCGUGGCGACUGAGUUACCCGAGUUAGCGGAGUCGCAGAGAGGAGGAGGAGGAGGAGGAGGAGGGGGAGGAAGCGGCCGGAGCUUCUCAAGCUGCAGGAACGGGCGGCGCGGGAGCUCCGGCGGUAGAAACAGAUUCAGGGGCAGGGGCCAGAAGCGAAGCUUUGACAGAGCCUUUGAUCGUUAACUUCAACAAGCCAGCGCGGAAGAACGGGACUGCAGUAUUUUAUAUAUUCAUUAAAAUAGGCUGUUCCUGUGUGUUUGUACCACCUUGAAAAAUCCGUCGUUCACAUUAUUUUUUUUCUCAGUACUACUUUGGUCGUAAUCAAGAUCCUGUUCACUUAAACGCAGGAACAAGAGAACUUUGUUUUUUUCUUUCUUUCUCCUCUGGCAAUUUCAGCUGUCACUACCUACAUCUGUGUUCUAGAAUAUGUCUGUCGCCUCGCUGUGUACUGUAUAGAUCCUCACCACCGGUCAAACCUGUACAUUUUCCAGAAAAAUAAAAUACUAUUUUACGAGUUCA